AUGUUCUUCUCGUCGCCCACCUCCAACAUUACUCCAGCCAUGACAUCGGUGGCUAUGUCGCGUUCAGACUCGCGUGACUCCACCACGUCCAACACCUACUCGUACGCGCCUACUUCUGCCUACACGGCACUGGUGUGCGCGUCACCCACUUCGGCGUGGCCCAGUUCUCAAGCACUGGCACGAACAGACAGCACCGCAUCCAACUCAACCUCUUCAUCACAAACACAGUCCAUCGCCAUGCGCCGCGACAGCAGCAAUUCAACCUGGAUGCCUAGUCCCUACCGAUCAUGCAUGUCAUCGUUCGGCGCUGAGCCCAACUCAUACCUCUCCGACGAUGACUUGCUCUGUCCUGCCGAAGACCUCAGCCUGCCGGUGGAGACCAUCCCGGCACUGGCACCCAAGAAGGAGCUGACCACCGAGGAGCAAAUCGCCUUCCUCCGAGAACUCCAAGAGAAAGAGGCUGCGUCCAACCUCCCCCAGGCAGCAGCUCACUAUGCACGGGAUGCCGACGCAAAGCGCAGAGUCGUGCGCUUCGCCAACCCGGACAGCAAUAGCGCCAGCAAGUCUCGACGACCCAGCGCCAGCGCGCUCAAGAGACGUCAGACCAUGCAACGACGUGGCACCAGCUGUUUGAACGGCCCUCAAUGA